AUGGCAUCUGUAGCCUUCCAGAUUUGGGCCACCAUUGCUCUCCUGGCCCACCUCGCAGAUGGGAGCCCCAUAACGGGCCUAGAUGUCCCCCUGAUAGAGGAAGAGGUGCCCUUCUUCGACGAACAGGACGCCCUGCUCCAGAAUUUGCAAAACGAGCUCCUGAAGGCCCUUAACCUCUCGGGGAUCCCCCUGCAAGAGGCAGCCAAGGUGGACCCCCCAGAGUACAUGCUAGAGCUUUACAAUAGGUUCGCCAGGGACAAGUCCUUGCUGCCCUCGGCCAAUAUUGUUAGGAGCUUCAAAAACGAAGAGCAGAGUUCACGGCCGAUACGCCUGAAUGGAAUACGGAGGUACCCUCUCCUUUUCAACGUCUCCAUUCCUCACCAUGAGAAGAUAACCAAGGCCGAGCUGAGGCUCCACACUCUGCCGGAGGAGAGACCCCUCUACGGGAACCUUGACAGGAAGGUCACCGUAUUCGAAGUGCUGGAGGGGGAGCACGGAGGGGGAAAAGAGGGAGACGAGAGGAAGCGGAGAGUGCUGGCAUCCAGGUUUAUUUACAGCACCGACAACGAAUGGAAGACCUUCGAGGUGACGGAAGCCAUCAGGAAGUGGCACCACUCCGACUUGACCACCUACCAGCUAGAGGUGCAGGUGGAGUACCGAGGGGCAGAGAACCCCAACCCAGGAGGACACCGAGGCGUAGACAUCAAUCUGGAGACCAGGCACAAGCCGUUGUUAAUUGUGUUUUCAGACGACCACAGCCAGGCCAAGAAAGAGGAGAGACAUGAGCUGAAGGAGAUGAUGGAGCACGAGCAGAUGCAAGAGUGGCCGGAUGUAGAGUUGCAAGGCUUCUCCAGUAGCCCCAACGAUCUGCUUCAGAUCAGGUCCAACAUCAUCUAUGACUCCACCUCCCGGAUCAGGAGGAACGCCAAGGGAAGCAGCUGCAAAAAGACAUCCCUCUAUGUGGAUUUCAAGGAGAUUGGCUGGGACUCUUGGAUCAUUGCACCCGCUGGCUACGAUGCCUACCAGUGCAAGGGAGCCUGCAGCUUCCCUCUGGAUGGCAGCCAGUCCACCACCCACGCCAGGGUCCAGACGUCUGUCCACUUGAAUGAUCCCCAGAAAGCCUCUCCUGCCUGUUGCGUCCCAAUCAAGCUGGACCCCAUCUCUUUGCUCUUCUUGGACAAAGGAAUCGUCACCUUCAAGCAAAACUACGAGGGCAUGUCCGUCUCAGAGUGCGGCUGCAGAUAG